AUGAUUGCCUGUACCUAUAUCAUUUCUGUGAUUCUUUGGCCACCGUGGAUUAUUAGUUGGCCUUAUAUUGAGGGGCAAUGUGUAUCGAUGGCCGGAAAUGAAGAAGAAAUCGUUGCAGAAAGUCGUCAACUGCCGGGAAAGAAAAGAUUCAUAUGGCGGAAAGUUCACGGUGGAGCCAGGAACAUGUGUGGUGCAGUUUCUGGAGACGAAUCCUUACGUCACUGUUGGUACGCAGUCGCCGCCUUCUACCUGCCAGUGACGAUCUUGAUCGUGCUUUAUUCACGAGUCUACUGGGAAACUAGGAAACGACGACGUGAUUUUGGAAAACUGCAAGCAUCACAGUUCCCUCGGCGAUCAAUGCGACGAGACACCUCGACGAAUUCUUUUGCGAAGAACAACGAGCGUGGAUCAUUGAAGAAAGGCGCAUGGAGCGUGAACGAUUCCAAAAGGUUCGUCCGCACUCUUCCUCACAACGAAAGCCAUGGAACCUGGCUGAACAAGGGCACAAUGUGA